AUGUCCGCCCCAAACCCCGGCCGCCAGUCCCCCGAGCCCUCGCGCCAAUCCGACGACCAAACCGGUCAGACAGCACACAACAUGAAGUCCGGCGGCGGCCCAACCGAGGGCUCCGAGCAGAGCAGCGACAAUACCAAGGGUGCGCUGCCUAGCAAUCCCAAGGAACAGGUGCUGGACCAGCAUGCCAAGGAUGUCACGUCCAAGACUGUUGGUUAA